CUGAAAAAUUUGGUAAAUCUUUUUGGUGCUCCCAAAAGAAUAAUUGCUGAUCGUGGACGUUCAUAUGACAAUUCAGAUGUUAAAAAUUUUUGUAAAGAUCAUAACAUUCAUUUACAUCUAAUUGCAACGGGUUCCAGUAGAGCUAAUGGCCAGGUCGAAAGAGUGAUGCGAACUCUUAAAAGUCUGCUCACGAUAAUAGAAUGCGAUUCCGAUAGCUCGUGGCAGGAUCAGAUAGGUGAAAUUCAAUUAGCCCUCAAUGGCACACGUUGUAGGGUGACCGGAUUCACACCUAUCGAACUAAUGUUUGGAAUUCAAGGUGAUUACGUGUUUGUGAAAUCCGAAGAAAGACAUCAGACCAAACUAGAUAGGAAGUACAAAGGUUCUUUUAAAAUUACUGCUGUCUUGAAUAAUGAUCGCUAUGAAUUAAAACAUAUAAAUGGGUCAAAUCGAAUUUUUAAAUAUUCCCAUGAAAACUUAAGAGAGGUGCCCCGUGGUCCCUCUGCUUGUCUAGAUAUUAUUGAAAACUGUAGUGAAGAUAACGAAGAACUACAGCAAGCGGAUAUUAAUGAUCAUGAAAUCUAUGCCCAACUUGAUAAUACCUCUGAAACUGAUACUGCUGGCUCUAGUACAUUAACUUCAGAAAAAGACGACUAUCAUACUACUAGCUCACGUACGAUUUCAAUUGAUUCUGAAGAUACCAUGUCUGUUUAUUCUGAACCUACAAUUAUAGUAACACAAGCUGAUAUCCAUAGAGCUAAUGAUAGUGAUUAA